GAAAAUAUUUUAGAUUUAUUAUUUUUAAUAUUUUUUUGUGAAUAUAUUUUUUAAAAUAUUGUUGAUCAAAUUUGGUCAAUGGAGUAUUUAUGAAAUUGUCAUUUCCGUGCACGUAUCGCAGUCUUGAACCAAUUGAACGAAACGACACAGGCGAAAUUACACCAACAGAAAAAAGAACAAUGGAAAAGGCGGAGGUUUCCUUUGCCGGAGCUAAAAUGCACUCGCGGGCACCGUCGCACACCGCCGAUCGCCGUCUUUAUCUUCUCUCCCGCCAUCUCGAACCUUCUCUGUCCGCCAUCAACGCUCAUGAUGGCAACCGCACCGUUUCAGCUUCACCGACAUCCGGAUUUUCGGACCCCGGCUCUGUCUUCAGUCACGUCGUUCAAGCUCCGGAGGAUCCUAUUCUCGGCGUCACGGUUGCAUAUAACAAAGAUCCUAGCCCUGUGAAGUUGAAUUUAGGAGUUGGAGCUUAUCGGACUGAGGAAGGAAAACCUCUUGUGCUGAAUGUAGUAAGGAAGGCAGAGCAGAUUUUAGUUAAUGAUAGAUCUCGUGUUAAGGAGUAUCUACCAAUUACUGGAUUGGCAGACUUCAAUAAAUUGAGUGCUAAGCUGAUACUUGGUGCGGAUAGUCCUGCUAUCCAUGAGAACAGGGUAACAACUGUGCAGUGCUUGUCUGGUACAGGCUCAUUGAGGGUUGGUGCUGAAUUUUUGAGUCGACAUUAUCAUCAACAAGCUAUCUAUAUACCACAGCCAACUUGGGGAAACCACCCAAAGGUCUUCACACUAGCAGGUUUGUCAGUAAAGACCUACCGGUACUAUGAUCCAGUAACUCGGGGACUUGAUAUCCAAGGUUUGUUGGAAGACCUUGGGUCUGCUCCAUCAGGGGCAAUUGUGCUUCUGCAUGCAUGUGCUCAUAAUCCCACUGGAGUCGAUCCAACUGCUACUCAGUGGGAGCAGAUCAGGAAGUUGAUGUGGUCAAGAUCAUUGUUACCUUUCUUUGAUAGUGCUUACCAGGGUUUUGCAAGUGGAAGUCUGGAUAGAGAUGCUCACCCGGUUCGCUCAUUUGUUGCUGAUGGAGGUGAAUGCCUUGUCGCUCAGAGUUAUGCAAAGAAUAUGGGACUUUAUGGUGAAAGAGUUGGAGCUCUAAGUAUUGUAUGUAAGAAUCCUGAGGUGGCUAGCAGAGUUGAAAGUCAACUUAAACUAGUUAUCAGGCCAAUGUACUCAAAUCCGCCUAUACAUGGUGCAUCAAUUGUGGCCACAAUCAUCAAGGACAGAAACAUGUAUGAGGAAUGGACCGUUGAGCUGAAAGCAAUGGCGGAUCGUAUCAUCACCAUGCGCCAUCAACUGUUUGAAGCUCUACGUGCUCGAAGGACACCUGGAGACUGGAGUCACAUUAUCAAGCAAAUAGGAAUGUUUACUUUCACUGGACUCAACACAAAACAGGUCGCCUUCAUGACCAAAGAGUUCCAUAUCUACAUGACCGCGGACGGAAGAAUAAGCAUGGCGGGACUAAGUUCGAAGACAGUUCCACAUCUAGCCGAUGCCAUUCACGCUGCCGUUACCAGAGUGGUAUGAGUUAAGUUACUUAAGUAAGUGCGCUGGACUGGACUAUUUGACACUUCUCACAUUAAUAAGGCAUAAAAAAUGCUGGGUCCUAAUUAAUGUGUACUGUAAAUGCUCUGCGAGCUUUUUUUUCUUCUUAUAUUAUACUCCGUAACAUAAGAGUAAUAAUAUACUCAGAAAUGAUUAUAAAGGAAAGCACAUUCAAAACUUCAAGUGAGCAGCUUUUUCUCCAGUAGUGGUUUUUAUU